AUGUCCUCCAUCCUCCGACAGAUCGUGGCGGGUCCACGUCUCCAGCACGCGGAGGCCGGCCUGGAUCUGUGCUAUGUGACAGACAACAUCAUCGCAACCUCAGGCCCGUCCGCAACAUACCCCCAACGAGCAUAUCGCAACCCACUCGACGCGCUAGUCACCUUCCUCGACUCCAAACAUGGUGAGAACUGGUGUAUCUGGGAGUUCCGCGCCGAGGGCACUGGGUACCCGGAUUCUGAGGUCUACGGUCGAAUCCACCACUUUCCCUGGCCCGAUCACCACCCGCCGCCCUUUGGGCUGAUCCCGAAUAUCAUGGGCAGCAUGCGGAACUGGGUACAUCGAUUAGACGCGAAAGGCGAAGACACACCCACAAGCGGCUCGAAGGCAGAGAAAAGAGUUGCCGUCGUCCACUGCAAGGCGGGCAAGGGCCGCAGUGGGACUAUCGCAACCGCAUAUUUAAUUAGCGAAGAAGGUUGGAAGAAGGAGGAUGCACUUCAAAGAUUCACGGAGCGGCGCAUGCGCGUUAACUUCGGGGACGGCGUCAGCAUCCCGAGCCAGCUACGGUAUGUCGGGUAUAUCGACCGGUGGACGAAUCAGCUGGAGAAACAGUAUGUGGAGCGGCCGGUGGAGAUCCUUGAGAUUCACAUCUGGGGCUUGCGAGAUGGCGUCAAAGUCGCAGUGGAAGGGUAUGUGGACGAGGGCAAGAAGAUCAAAUGCUUCCAUCUCUUCCACCGCAAGGAGCGCACCGUGGUCGAAGUCGGCGAGGGCGGUACACCACCCACCCAAAACCGCGCCGACAGCAAAGAAGCGAAAUUGGCCCAGCCUAUCAACGCCUCUGCGACAUGGUCGCCGCCCUCACAAUCCGACUCGUCCAGCUCCGCGUCCGAGCUCGCCCACCGCGCAACAACAACCUCCCCCAGCCUCUCUACUGUGAUAUUCCGGCCCACCAAGCGCAUUAUCGUCCCACAGUCAGAUGUAAACAUCGACUUCGAGCGUCGCAGUAAAGUCUCUUAUACCGGCUUCGCUAUGGUAACCUCCGUCGCGCACGUAUGGUUCAACGCGUACUUCGAAGGCGGCGCCGAGCAUGACUCGGGCAUCUUCGAAAUUGAGUGGGAUGCCAUGGACGGCAUCAAGGGGAGCGCAAGAAAGGGGAUCCGCGCAUUCGAGCGGCUGAAAGUGGUCUGGCGGUAUCCGUCCGACCAGGAUGGGCAAAAAGAUGCGACUGUUGCUGCGGGGAGACCUAUUAGCGAGCCGAAGCCCGGCGAGCCUGUUCCUGAGAGCGUGCCUGCUGAUUGGCGGGGCAAGCAAGGCGGGGAGGAGCCUGAGCAGGAGAAUAAACCUCCGGCCAAGCAAGCGGACCUGAAAGAAUCUUCCCAGUCGGAGGUUUUCGGGGCUGGCCUCAGCGCCACGGCGUCUACGUUGCUAGCUGUGAGCACAGACUCGGUCCAUGAGCUUGGGCGGCAACUGGGACUGCGGAAGCAGACGAACGAAAGCAAAGAUGUUAGUCUGGCGGGCAGUGAGGAUGAGACACGGUCGGUCACGGAUGAUCAGGGGAGGGCGAGGAAGGCAAAGGCUGCGAUGCAGAAAGUGGAGGGGAAUGGGGAUCUGGAAGGGGUGCAGUCUUAUUUUCAGAACGAAGAUGAGGAGAAAGAGAAAGAGGGUAAGGAGGCAGCACACGACUCCAAAGGGUCGUGA